AUGGCAAGACGCUUGUACCUUGGCAGACUUCCCCCUGAUGCCCGCUCUGAUGACGUGGCUAAGUUUUUCGAUGGCUAUGGCCGUAUCAUUGACUGUCGUGUCAUGACCGGUUCGUCGGACAAGAGGCGCGCGGCAAAUGCGGAACUCACUGGACCUCCAUCAGGAUUCGGUUUUGUCGAGUUUGAAAGCUCAAAGGAUGCGGAGGACGCUGUACAUCAUUUCAACGGCAAGCCAUUCAUGGGAGCCAACAUUGUCGUGGAAUUCGCCAAAGAAAGUCGCCCCCGUCGGGAUGUCUAUGAGAGCGACCGUGGCUACGGGGCUGCUCGCUCCCGCAGGCCUCCAGGUAUCCGCCUGAUCGUUUCCGGUAUUUCUCGUGACACAAGCUGGCAGGACUUGAAAGAUUUCGGACGCGAGGCGGGAAGCGUGUCGUUCGCUGACAUUGAUCGCGACAACCCUGGCCAGGGUAUCCUUGAGUAUCUAUCGCGAGAUGACGCAGACCGUGCCGUCAAGGAUUUAGACGGUAAAGACCUGCGCGGUAGACCUGUCCGCGUUGCCUACGAUGAUGCCCGCGGUGGACCUGAUAACUACAGGCGCGAGGAUCGUCGUGAGGAACGUCCUCGAGGUGACGACCGAUACAAAGAAGAACGUUACUACAGGGAUGAUCGUGCAUCUUAUCGCCGCGAGCGAUCUCGCUCGCCUCCUCGUCGCAAUGAUCAUGACGAUCGUCGCCCCAGGUCUCCACCUCCGCCGCGGAGGGAUCUUGAUGAGAGAAAACCUGCAGGGUACGAUGAUUACCGACGGGGAGGUUAUGAUGAUGACCGCAGAGCCCCUGAUUAUUAUUAUGACCGCCGCAGGGACGAUGACCGGCGACGUGAAGACCGCAGUGGCAGACGCGACGAAAAAGACGAUCGGUACGACGACAGAGCGAUGAGGCACGCAAAUGGCGAUGGUGGAUGGGCGCGUUAA